GAUAGAACUUUUGUACAGCGCUAUAAAAGAAUCUGCAAAAAGGGUAGUGGGUCGGACACUUGUCACUUUGGAGGGAGCGACGCCAUGUCGCCUGAGAGAAUGCAACAUGGGUAAUGCUAUAGCUGACGGUUUCGUAUACCAUAACUUGAAGGAUGCUGAUGACGUCAACGGUACUAAGGUCUACAUUGCUCUGGUCAAUGGAGGAUCUAUUAGGGCGACUUUUUCACGAGGGCAGAUAUUGAUGGGAAACAUAUCUGAAGCACAACCUUUUCGUGGUACUCUGGAGACCAUUCAGCUUCAGGGAAAAUAUUUACGUGCAGCGUUGGAGCACAGUGCUUCCUUACAUAGUGUGUCUAAACCAGAUGGAGGAUUUCUACAGGUUUCUGGAUUAAGGGUGAAAUACAACCUAAAUAAACCGGUAAACCAGAGAGUUGUAGAUGUGCAAGCUAUAUGCUCAGACUGUAAUAUUCCAAAAUAUGAACCACUAAACAACAAUAAAAUGUACGGGGUAAUUUUGACCAACUUUAUACUCUCUGGCGGGGAUGGUUAUACAGUUCUCAAAGACAAUGCCCGACAAGAGCAUGUAGUUGGAAAUUUGGAUACAGAUGCUUUCGCUGCCUACGUCAGGGACAUGUCGCCAUUAUAUACCGCCAUGGAGGACAGGAUAGAGUUCGUGGACGAUAACUAUCCAUGUGGAAUCAGCAGUGGCCUAGAAACCACAAGGACUAACUACCACACUAUAUUAUCGUUAUUGUUUACUAUCAUUUAUCAUUUUCACUGCUAGAUUUUGACGUUUUGUACACAAGUUUAUAUUUAAACGUUAAAAUUUAAAGCGUUGAUAAUAUUUUUUAUUCAGAUGCAUUUCAUUUCCAGUAUGUUAUUUCUCACUCGUGUGUUCUCAACCUUAGUAUAUACAUCAAGGUUAAAUAGUGCAUAUUUUUCUUUGCUUGUGAUGUAUUUUGUGUUAGUGUGUGUUUUUGAAACUCAUUGUGCCACAGAUUCUGUUCUGACAUUUCUUGUUUUGAAUGUUUUUAUUAAAAUUUUUACGAUAAUA